CGAGAUGUUUUGGGUUUUGCUUUUGGCUGCGGCUGCAGCAUCUUUUAGAGGUGAUUAUGGCUAGGAGGGACAGGCUUCGUCAGCCUAGAUGGUUUCGACCACGCUCUGUACUAGAAGAGCUGAGUGACUCUGAUGUCAGGGAAUUGUUCCGUCUGAAUAGGCAAGCUAUACAAGCUUUGUAUAUUUGCAUAGCUCAGGAACUCGAGCCACUGACCGGUCGCUCACAGGCUAUUCCAGGCAUAGUAAAAUUGCUGGCAGUUUUGCAUUUCCUUGGUACAGGCAAUUUUCAGCCAUCUGUUGCAAGGGUGAUUGGGCUAAGUCGCUCUUCGUUUUCUCGACUUUUGAAACCUGUCUUGAGAGCUAUAGUGCAACAGUCCCCAAAAUUUGUCUGUUUCCCAUCAACCCCAGAACAGUGGCAGGAAUUGAAAUCUGGUUUUUAUAACCUAGGAGGCAUGCCCAAUUGCAUUGGUGCAAUAGACUGCACACACAUUUUAUUAACACCUCCACAUGCUACUGAAGAACAAUUUCGGAACAGGAAGCAUACACAUUCGUUGAAUGUCCAGGUUGUUUGUGACUCCCAUCAACGGAUUAUGAGUAUUCACUCUGGUUUUCCCGGGAGCUGUCACGACUCAUACAUUUUACGGCAGUCAGCUCUGUUUGACUGUUUUCAGCUUGGACUCAUGCCAGAGGGCUGGUUGGUUGGAGAUGCAGGAUAUGGAUGUAAACCCUGGCUUCUGAUUCCUGUAUCUAAUCCCAGGACACUGACCGAACUAAAAUUUAACACAUCCCACAUAAAGACAAGAGGAGUUAUUGAGCGGACCUUUGGAGUCCUCAAAUCUACUUUCCGUUGUCUUUCGAAAUCUGGUGGAUGCCUGCAGUAUUCUCCAGAAACGGUUUCUCAGAUAAUUCAGGCAUGUGCGGUUCUGAACAAUCUAGCUUUAGAUCAUGGAGUGGUUCUGGAAACUAAUGAGGAACUUCCUCCUGAAAUUCCCGGUUACCCUGCAGUUUCCCAAGAUUCAAGUGAUGAAGGGAAACGUGUGAGAUCGCAUCUCAUCACAUCAUUUUUCCAGUGAAUGUGAUUUCCAGUUUAUUUUUGAACUACGGUUGGAAGCUGAUUGUAAAAAGUUCAAGUUUAAAAUUUAAAAUUUCUACUUUACCUUCUACCAAGUACAGAUGUUUUAAGGUCAGUAUCCAUCAGAAAUAUAUAUGAAGUA